UGCGGUUGACGACGGUUGACGAUCUCGACGGUCUCAGCUCAGACCAAGAUUUUUUUUCACAUUCAUUCAGGACUACAGGGAAUGAGCCUGGCGUGAGUGUUUGACGCGUUGUUUAAUCGUUUAAAUCCUACAUAACACGCCGUGUAAAUAUUGUAUGAUAGUUUUUAAUAGGUUUAGAGAAAUUAAAAUCGUAAGACAAGACGUCAAGUUAGAUACGAUGGCUACCUCCGUCGUCCACGAGGCCGACGAUCUCAAUACUUGUGCCGUGUGUUUCGAACAGUACAAUUUCGUUGAUCGUCUGCCGAAAUUCCUCAGCUGCCUGCACACCUUCUGCAUCAGCUGUCUUGGAAAAAUGCUAUUAGAUUCUUCUUCGAUGACGAUUAUUUGCCCAGCAUGUCGUACACUGACUUCUCCCGGAGGUGGUCUAGUCAGCCUAAGAACUAAUGAACACGCUCUUCGAGUUUUAGAGCUUCAAGAAAAAAUUAUCAACCUUAAUUGUUCUAACCGCAGACAGCCAGCGUGGUGUCAUACUUGCGACGAACUAGCAAGUCUUUCUUGUCAAUUAGCCAUACACUCGAUCACACCUUUAGGCAAUGACGUCGUUGAGAAACACCUGUCGCAGAAUCAGAAGAAUAAAGUGCAGCUGAAUCUGUCUUACGCAUUGGGACGUCGAAUGGAAAUCGAUUCGUAUUUAAAGUCUAUGAAACAGAGUAUAUCGAUUUUAGAUAAGCACGUGGCUCAGCUUAAAGAGGAUAAUGCAGUACAAAUCAGCUUAGUUGAAGGAAUUUUGCACGAAAUGGAAGCUCAGCAAGAUGGUACAAGAAGUAAUCUUAAGUACCAACGGCCGAGUAAUCAAACCGUCGAAGAUGAAGCUGAGUCUGCCUACUCGUCAGCGUUAUCCCUUGCUCAAACAUUCGAAGGAGCCAAAAACGUUCUCAUUUCUAUGAACGUCGAGACAGUCGACGGAAAAAUGGCACCGUCCCUACCCUGGCUCAAUCGCAUUAAACUGUGUCUCAUGAAUCAAAUCGACGACAAGGCGGUCAAUGCUGCGGGACUCAAUAUCCUCUCUUUUAUUCUCCUUCUUCAGCUUCAGCAAAACCGUCAACAACAGCAAAUCAAUGUCCCUGUGUCCUCGUCGUCGAGCUCUUUGCCAUCCAACAGCAACAACAGCAACACAGUUUCGGUGCUUCGUUCCCUUCUUUGCCCUCAACAGCUGUAUCCCAAUCAUCAAUACUGCUCCAUGACGGUAGAAGUCAACUUUGACAGGAAAGCAACGCUGCUCUUUCAACUGGCUCCCCAAGCCUCUUCUGAGCUGAAGAGCAUCUUUAUCCGUUCGUUCUCAUCGACUUACGCUAGCUAUUUUCAGUCGGUUGUGGUCAAGGCCGGAAUCAGUCUCUUCGUUGUUUUCGGAUCGCCUUACAACAGUCGGAGUUUAAUGACAUUUCAAACCGAGAACGCUUAUUACCAACGUCCUUUUAUCAUGGAACGAGGUGACGUUGGUCUUUACUACAGCAAUGGACCCCAACACAACGGUGUGUCUGAUAUGGUCAUUUUACUGGCGCCGUUUUCGGAUCGCAACGUGAGGCGAGCUCCACUCGUGGCUCGUUUGGUGAAUGGUCUCGAAUUCUGUCACUCUCUGAGUCAUUUGAAGUUGCACGAGAGAGCGUCCUGCAAAGUGGUUCACUGCGGAGUUUUUUAAAUCUCAAUAAUAACUGACUCAACGUUUUUUAAUACUAAUUUGACACGUACAAAUUUUGAGGACAAAGUAGAUAUUCUGCAGUGCUAGAUAUCAAUAAUAUGUCAACUCUUUUUAUGUAUUAGUACUUCGUAGGUACGCUGCCCUUACCUUCGAACAUUUGAUCUAUUACUUGCACUGUACAUUUAACGAAAUUUGAAUAUGUAAUUAGCGUGAUGACCCUUCAAAGCAUUUGCUUGCAUGUAUUUUAUAAGAAUGUGUAGCUUGUAAUAACAAACUUGGUGAUUUCAUUAUAAAAUUGAAUUGUGAGUUAACCACUAAUUUGACACGUACAAAUUUUGUGGACAAACUAUAUUAUGCAGUGCUAGAUAACAACAACAACAUGCCAACUCUUCCUCAUAUUAAUAAUGAUUAGGUACCUUCAAAAUAACGAUCUGCACUGCAUUUAUUGUACAUUUGACUAAAUUGGAAAAUGUAUUUAGUAUGUUGAUUCCCAAAGCAUGUGUGCAUGCAUUUUAUAAAGCUAGUGUGUAAAUUGUAAUAACAAAUUUUGUGAUUACACUACAAACAUGGUAUAGGA